AUGUUGAAGGCAUGUGGAUACGAAGUAUUUGAUGUAUGGAAUCUAAAGCAUGUAUACUGUGGAUCCGCAGGCAACACUGACAUCUAUCGGCAUGGUUAUAUAGAUAAUAUUGACCUUACUUGUGUCUCUUAUCUGGAAAUGAGAUUUGAGACAAACAAACUAACCCUGAGGUAUGACAAUCCUUUCACUCAUAGGAUAGAAAGCAUUCUAAGCCGUAAACCGGACAGCAGUUCUCCUGAUAGGUCUCCAUUACCUACGGAUAUCUUUAUGACAAACACAAAUAACAAAUAUGAGUUUCUAUGGUUAGAUAGCUCUAAUAGUACUCUAUAUGCUGGUAUAUACCAUAGCACUGAGGCCGGUAAAGCGCCGCAGUAUGUGUACAAUGUGGCUACAAGUUCACCAUACACUGAUGAUGUCGACCCUACAAGUUUUAAUGAUAUAAACGCAGCAAACGAUGUUGAGAUAGUAUUGUCAAUUAAAGACCAUUGUAACUUUGCUUCAAGUACAAGUAAACAAAACACCUGUCCAGAUCAUGGAACUCCCACUGUUCACAAUACAGAUACAUAUAUUGAAGUUCCAGCCGGUGAAAGUGUAACCAUUGACUGUUCAUACACCGCGUAUGGUCUGGCAACGAAUGUUGAAUGGACAUUCAAAGACAAGUCUGGUGUUUCAUAUGCAAUAACAGCUGGAAUAAACGUGUCUAAAUACAGUGGGUCUACUGUACACAUUCCUUCGUUGACCGUCAAACAUUUUGGUAUCUACGACGAGGGUAUAUACAAAUGUGCAGCAAUUAAUAGUUUUGGUACAGAUACCGGAGUAAACAUUCAACUUGUGAUGAUUCAAGCCUCAACAGUUAUUCUAACAGACAUGACGAGUGAAGAUCUGGCAUUCACAACUGUACCAUCAUCAACAUUAGAUAGAACUUCAAUGAAGAUAUUUAUUUCAAAUGAUAAAACAACCACGAAAAGAACAACCGAUAUGAUGCCAACAAGCGAAAAAAUUACCACGGAAACGACCAAUGGAGGCAUCGCAACUAAUGUUUUAUCUAUUACCACGGAAACGACCGAUAAAGGAUUCACAACUAAUGUUUUAUCUGAUAGUAUUACUACGGAAACAACAGAUAUAGACAUCACGACUAAUGUUUUCUCUACUUCCAUGGCAAUGACUAGUGGAGACAUCACAAGUAUGCAAGGCACAACUCAAUCCCUAUUACCAGACAACCAUGCCUCGUCAAUAUUACCACCAGAAGCACCCACAGGGGUGCCACAAUGUGCAUGCAGUUGUGAAUAUAGGGCACGACUAGACUAUUGGAGAAAUCAAACUGUUACCAACUAUACAAUGGAUGAGCUUCGUCUUAUUCUAUCACCUAAACUAAAGGAACUUGAAGAUUUACUUAAGGUUGAUAAACAAAAUAUUUCGUCUUAUCUCAACAGAUUUUUAAGUGCUCCUGAUGACAGGGUAUCCUCGCAAUCUAUAGGGGCUGGUAUGAUUUUGCUGUUAGUGUCAUUUCUGUGCUGUUUAGUAUUGUUGGAUCUAACUUCUAUCAAAAGGCAUUUAAACACAUGUAGAAGAAUUAACAAAAAAACAUGGUAUAGAAAAUAAAAGAUCAUCAUAAUGCAAUUGUGGACAGAAAACAUUUGCCUUCUUGGAUUAUAUGAUGUGUUUCUUCAUACAAAACAAGUG